AUGUACGAAGGGAGAAGGGUGAAUGUCGAUCCAUUUGGAGUCCCAGCCGCCACUGCCAUUGCUGUCGUAGCAGACAUUGCAGUGGCGAAGGUUGUUGUUGCGGACGAUCGUAGUGUGUGCGCAGCCACACUUAACGUGGCGUUGAACUACAAGGAGCCAGAGACCGGUGCUGUCCACCCCAUUCGUCAGCUAGUGGACUCUGUGGAGAUAGACAGCGACCCUCUGUGGAAUGAGUACCUGGCACACGGCACAGGUCAAAUCAAGCAGCCUUACCUCGUCUGUAUCAACUUACGAUUCACUUCCUAG